GGCCCGCCAGACAACGCAACGAUUCCACCGCGUCCUCCAACGCACCCCUCAUGCCUAGCAGAAACCCUCCAAUAGAUCUCCCGAACCUGUCGUACAGCUACAAUGCGCCCGGAUCGCCCAGCUCGCGUAACGACUCAUUCGGCCCAGAUAGUAAAGGCGACAUGUCUAUGCUGAGCAAGGGCGAUAUGAGCACGGCGAGCAGCAGCGUCAGCUUGUCGGUCAACUACCUCCCUAGCAAAUUUUCAAACAGCAUGCUGGCGUACCCCAAGAACCGCAAAUCGAAAAAGGGCAUCAACCCGGGGUAUCCGAAGAUGGGCGGGGGGGUCGAAGCGUUCAGAACUGGUGAAGCACGCAUGGGCGGGGAGAAUGAGGACGAGGACGGCGUUCCGACGAGGAAGAGCUGGUUUGGUGCACGUCCCAAUAAGAAGUUGCGUUGGAACAGGUUUAAAUGGGUCCUGUUCACCGCCAACACUCUCUUGACACUCUAUUCCCUAUGCUCACUCAUCAUCUGCCUCCUCAUCUGGUUCGACGUCUGGUCGCACGCGGACGUCGUCCGCGUCGGCAACCGCCCCGAACUCGUCGUCUCAACCCUCGCCGCCAGCAUGGGGAUAUUCACCGCCACUCUCGGCUGGGCCGGGAUCAUGAUGAACAACCGCUCCUUUCUGGCCGUAUACACCUUCCUCCUCUGGAUUGCCUUCAUCUUCCUCCUCGUCCCCGGAUACCUCACCUACAAACGGCACACGUUCAACCUCGAGGGCAAGAUCAACGCACAGUGGUCCCGCGAUUUCGGUGCGGAUGGUCGACUGCGGAUCCAAAACCAGUUGAGUUGCUGUGGAUAUUUCAGCCCGUUCGUCGAGGCGACUGUGAGCCAGACGUGUUAUGCGCGCAGUAUGCUGCAGGGGUGUAAGUCGGACUACCUGGCGUUUGAGAGGAGGGUGCUGAGGAAGUGGUAUACGACGGUGUUCUCCAUCGUCCCCGUGCACAUCGUCAUCAUCUUCGCGGGCUUGUUGUGCUCGAACCACGUCACGUAUCGAUUUGGGAAGGGGAUGAUGCCCAAGGCGUAUAGGUUGAGUAUGACGAGUAUGGCUGUUAUCAUGGAUAACUACGCUACGCAACUGGCAGAACAGUACGGCUCGGAAGUAGCCUCGGAUAUUAUCAAUCGCUCUCGGUCCAACCUCCACCUCGACUCCAUGCCUACUAUGCCGUACACGCCUAGAAACAAGACUCAGUAUAAUGAUACGACCAAGUACGAUGCACUCAACAAGACGCUGGUAGAUGACUCUAUCUGAAUUCGGAUCUGGGUACGACGCAAGACCCCUUCGGACUCUUCAAAUUCCUUGUACAUUCGCAACGCAAUGGUCAGUAUGUAACAAGUACGAGGCAGAAGACAAUUGAACUGUAGCAGCUAUAUUUGUACAAAAGUAGAACAUGUUAGGAUAUGAACAAUAAUACCAGCUCACUUGU